AAACUGGAAAGCGUGAUCCGUUAGGCGCACUGUCAGUUUUCGAAGGAAGUUAUUAUUAUUUUUAAUAAACGGCCACAUACUUGGAGUUGCCUUCCCAGUGUUGGAAACUUCCCAACGCAGCAUCGAUCGAGAUCCUCCCGCCCACUUUACCUCUGAUCCACAAUACAGGAAGGCGGAGAGAGAGAGAGAAAGAGAGAGAGAGAGAGUUGAGCAGCCGCAGCGGUGGAUGGAGCAACAAAGGCUGGAUGGUUAAACUACAAGAGUCCCUCUGAGGAGAACUCAACAGCGCUUUCUGUCGUCGCCUGAUAUUUUCUUAACUGGAACUCUGUAUCAGCUUGGAUCUCAUUCCGGGGACCCCAUCCAGAGCAAACUCUCCAGAGCCAACCCAGCGGGGGGGAAUUCGUCGCAGACGUGAAAUUGAUGCUUUGGCACGGAGAGUCGCGCCGCCGAAAACGUAGUUUUGCGAAAGUCUCCUGUAGCCCAGUGAGGGAGAGGUAGACCAGUCUGCGGCCGAAGUGGGAUUUGCAGAAGUUGCAUGCGUGUUCUUUGUCGCCUCGAGUGAGUCCCGUCCACCCGCUCUCAGGUUAUCAGAAGAGACCCACCGGGAUAGUUGAGGUGCCAUGGAGCUGUUCGCGGGGAUGUUGGCAUUCCUGUUGUGGCUGCAGGUCCAAGCCGUACAUGGACAGAGCGUACAGAUGGACUCCAGUAAGUCCGGCUUUGUGGGCACACAAGUGGAACUGCGCUGCAUCUUCGUCAACAGCAAUCCGCCGGUGAAGAUCUCCCAGGUCACCUGGCAGAAGCUGUCCAACGGCACCAAGCAGAACGUCGCCACCGCCAACCCCACCCUGGGCGUGUCCAUCCUGUCGCCCUUCAAGGAGCGGGUGGGCUUCAAGCAGGCGGCCGCUCUCCAGCGCCACCAGAUGGAGGACACCACCAUCGUGUUCUCCAACCUGCAGCUGUCCGACGAGGCGGCCUACAUCUGCGAGUACACCACGUUUCCGGCGGGCAACAGGGAGAACAUGGUCAACCUCACCGUGUUCGCUCGACCGAUGACUCGGAUGACCCUAACGAGCCCGACGAUCGUGGCCAGGGGUAAGAAGCGCAACAUGACCGUCGCCACCUGCACUUCGGCCAACGGGAAGCCUCCGAGCACCAUCAAGUGGAGCACAUUGUUGAAGGGCGAAGCCACCUUGCAGGAGACCCGCAACCCGAACGGCACGGUGACGGUGCGGAGCAGCUACGUGGUGGUCCCGAGCCGCGAGACGCACAAACAGAAGCUCACCUGCAUCGUGACGUACCGGGGCGAGAGGAUCACAGACAGCGUGGUGCUCAACGUGCAGUAUGAACCCGAGGUGAAGAUCGAAGGGUUUGAUGGAAACUGGUACCUGAACCGUCAGAAUGUUCAGCUGACCUGCAGGGCCGACGCCAACCCCCCUGUGACGAUCUACCAGUGGAAACUUCUGAACGGCUCACUACCCAGCAACGUGGAGAUCAAAAACAACACCCUGUUCUUCAAGGGGCCCGUGACCUACGACCUGGCCGGAACCUACGUCUGUGUCGCCAUCAACGGCAUCGGGACGCGCACCGGAGUCGUGGACGUCAACAUCACCGAGAAGCCAAUGCCUCAGGGUCCCCCAGGUGGUGUUAUCGGGAUCCUUGGAGGUGUUGUUGCCAUUGGACUCAUCAUUGGUGUGGCUGUUACUGUUUUCAUGGUCCAUCGGCGGCAGCAGAAGACCCGCACAGAGACAGAUAAUGACCUCAUUGCUGUUGCUGCUGUUGCUGAUAGUUGUGUGACACAGGCUCCAGAGAAGCCAGAGUCCCCCACAAGGACUGACCUCCCACCCGCCCACAAACCAGCUCCCCCGCCUCCCAAAAAGAAGAACAGCGACAUGAAGGGACACUUGACCUCUGACGACAUCCAGGUGGUUCAUCUUGACAAAGAUGAGGAAAUGCAGAAGCUGCCUCUGCAGCCCCCGUACUACGACAUGGCGCCCUCUGAGUCGACCCCCUUCACUGAUAAACCGGAAACUGGGAAGCAACCAGAAGAGCUGUUGAACCCGGCUGAAUACAUGAGCUACCAACGAGCCUCCAACAUGGAACAAGUCCCCGAGUCCCAGUCUGCUCCGGCCUACCCGCCUGUUACUUUCCUGCCUCAGCAUCCCUACACUCAGCACCCAACCAACGAGCCCAUGUACUCCAACACCAGCUUCCCCGCCCACGCCCCACGAGCCGGAUUCACUUUCCCCAAGGAGCAAUCCGUGUGACCGUCGGCGGCGUACGCUUCUCCAAUAGCGAAGAAAAAGAGACGUGCAUCCGUCCCUGACCUUGCUUUUAUUUAUUACCUGAGCUUAGUGUAGUUGUGGGCUCUCCCCUGCCUCUGACCCCUUGUGCAUUGUGUGCUGCUUGCUCCACAGAAGCUGUAGGACCUCAGUCACCUUGUGGUUUUAGCGUAGUCGCCACCGAAUGCCUGCCUCCACCACUCGAGCCUUCACCCCGUAUGUGUGCCCACACUUCCUGUUUCUGUUGAUUGUUCCCCCACCUUUACAGUGCCUUGAAAAAAAUAUUCAUUCCCCUUGAACUUUUUCACAUUUUGCCACAUUGCAACCGCAGUAUUUAUAUAUUUGAUGGUGGCUGUAUGGUAUGGUGGACACACAACAAAUGUCGCAAUUUUUUUUUUAUUUAUUUUAUUUUAUUUCUUUGACAUUUGACGACAAAAAGUGUCGUGUGUCGCAUUCAGCUUCUUUUCCUCUAAUCUUUGUAAUGUUGAACAUCUGAAUUGUACUCAUUUGUGAAAUAGACUUUAUUGAAAAGUUGGAAGAACAAAAAAACGUUAAAAAGUUAUAGUCUUGCUUGAAAUUUGCCAUUUUCUGCCAUCUAGUGGCGGAAACAGGUACUGCAUGUGCUCCAGUCAAAUUAAUCCGUUUUGAAAGCCAGAUAUACUGUGAAACAUGGUGGUGGCAGCAUUAUGCUGACACUAUUUCAGCAGAAACCAGGUAACAGUUGAUAGAAAGAUACUAAAUGAUCUGGAGGAAAACCUCUACGACGUUCCAAAACAUUUUAUUUUGUGGUGUCAGAGUGAAUGGUGCUGACUUAAAAUGUUUGCCACACUUUUCAGACUCUUGUUUGUGAAAUUCAAACUCUUCCACUUCACAAUUACCUAAUGCAUUGUGUUGGUUGAUCAUAAAAUCCGAGUACAACACGUUUAAGGUUCUGGCUGCAACGUGACAAAAUCUGGAAAAGUUCAAAGUCUGAAUACUUUUGCAAGGAUCUGUAUUUUGUUUAUUUGCCAACAAUUCAAUCAUGUACAGAAAAAGCCACUGAAGAUUCCCUUUUUCUUUUUUUCUUUUCGUCCUCGUCCUCCCCGCAGUCGUCACUUCUCAUAGGAAUGUGCUUCUUUUGGUUUUGGUUUUGUUUUGUUGCUUGCUUAAAAGUCAUUCUAUACUGUAAAUGUGAUUGGGUGUUUCUUUUGAUGGUAAGAAAAAAAAAAAAGUAGAAAAUCUGAGCUACGACAUGGACCACCCAAUCAAAUACCACUUUCAAUUUGCAGUUUUCCAACAGAAUCUCUCGAUACUAUUCUGACCUGCUUUGCUGUUAAGAUCUGCUAUUUUGGGAGUAUUGGAACUAGAGAUGCACCGAUCAGGCUUUUUCUGACUACCAAGAUGGCUGCCUCUUUUAAUUUUUGACUUUAUUUUUGAAGAAAUACAGCAAACAAGGGAAAAUAUGUUCCCAAUUUGUUGUUAGAAAAUGAAGGAAUUACAAUUUAUCCUUUUUUUUUAUACACAGUUCCCACAAGUCUGACACGGAAGUGACCUAAGCCACUGAGCCGCCAUCUUGGUAGGCAAACACCACGGCUUUGACACCAACAAAAAGAAAGUAUAUUGAAAAAUAAAAAAGAUUGAUGAGGAAGAUAUAUCAACAAAAUAUCUUGACAGCAGAGAAUGUGGCUUGCUUGUUGUCAUAGCAACUCCAUGGCAACCGCCUGACAGUUAAGGGCACCUACCAAGAUGGCUGUCGGUUACAAAGCUACCAGAAGUGACAUCACAUGAGAACUAUGUUUGAACCUAAAUAAACUGAAUCAGUUUAUUUAGUGAUUUUUUUUUUUUUUUUUUUUUUUUUUUUAGUUUUGACUCAUCAAUAAAUUAAUAGGAAAAAUCGGGCAAAACUGGUCAAUUCUGAUCUGCAGCCAAUCGAUCGGCGCGUCUCUAAUUUGAUCGGAGCGUUAUCCUCAUUAACCAGAACAAAGAUCAAAGGGCUUGAACUCAACAGCAUCUGCUAUUUCUCUCAUGUUGGCGGUACAAACCACCAGAUUGGUAUUUCAUCGAUAUCUACCAGUAGUUGCCAAAGACAUUUGUUCCAGUCGGUUUUUGUUAAUUUGCUUCUCUUGCCAACGUUUACAGUAGAGCCACCUUAUAUUUUAACGGCAAACAGACAAACUGCUGUUGAUUAGCGACGCGCUGCACAAUCCCAGUUUACAUGAUCGCUUUACCAUAUGCUGUAUUUUCCAUAUCUUUUGUGAAGUUAGCUGGAGAUGUUGAGGCUCGUUUCUCUGUGGGUCCUUUGCACAGUUAUCAAGUAACAGGAGUUUUCGUUUUGCUUUUUUCCUCAAUGCAGGAGUAAUACGUGAAGACAAUCACAAACCUGGCUUGUCCUCAGGAAAACCAGCAGUUACUGGUUUUUACUUUGGCUAUCAUUACUAAAGAAUUGGCUUUUCCAAGGACAACCCACACAUUUAACGUAUUUAACUGUUUUUUUUAUAUAAUUUGUUCUAAUUUAUAGCCUAAAGAGUUAAAACUAGUCUGUGGUAGAACUAAACUGUAUUUUUUUAGAGAAUGCUUAGGUGUAUAAAGUAACACUUAUUUUCAGAGUCCAUUUUACAGUGUGACUUUUCAUUUCAGACCAUAAAUAAGCUAAGAUGGUAAAAUGUUUGAGCCAGUUUCAGGAUGCACUCAAGCCCUCCAGACACACAUUUGCAGAAAAACAAAAAAGUUUGCACCGUUUCGCCAUGUCCGACGUUUGUGUGGGGAGGAAAAAAAUCCGUGAAGAAACUUCCUGUGUUUGUGCUUGACGUGAAAUAAAUAAAAAACAAAAAAUCCUGACGAUGUUGAAAGGUACUUUAGUGUUUACUCAUACUGGUGGUUUUUGGAAUAGAGUUAAAACUUGUGAGACUUUCUCCUGUGCUCACCUUGUUGUCUUGCGAUGGCCUGAUAUGUGUGCUAGCGUUUAGUUUAAGCGGUGGUGUCUGCUUGGAACCGCUGAAGGACUUUGAUAUUUCUGUACCUGCUGUGUGAGGAAAAAAAAGAAAAAAAAAACACUGAAACACAUCUUUGUCUUUAUGUGACACGUUUAAUAUUAAUAAGCCCCUCCCUUUUUAUUAAUAUUUUUAAUAUUGUUGUUAAAAAUGACGUGUAAGUGCUUCUAUUUGCUGCUCACAAUGGCAUUUACAUAUAGUCGUCCGUCUGUACUCCAUUUUAAAUAUGAUAAUUGCCAGAUACGUUUUCACUCAACAUUUUUGUUCAGGAUUUUAUAAGAUUGCAAGGUUUGCAUUCUGCUUUGUUUUUUUUUUAUCACUUUACAAACAGCGAAAGCCACAUUUGUUUUCAAAAUUUGAAUAAAUUAUAGAUUUCUGAGACGUUUUAUGGCCCAGGCUUGAAGGAUGAAACUGUGAAACAGUUUAAAACCGUUUUUGUUCGUUUGCUUUACAUUUUUCAAGUUAUGUUUGAUGUAAAUAUGAACAUUGUAUCUAAUAUGUGGGGAAAAAAAUCAUGCAGUUUAACAUUAAACUUCACAAACUA